AUGGUCGUUUCAGUGGUGCAGGUGAUUGUGGUCGUCGAUGAGGAGCUUGUGGUACAAGAAGAGCUUGAGGAGCUGGGUGGCUUCUUCGACCAGGAUAACGAGGAAGAGGAAGAAGUGGUGCAGGAGGAGCUGGAAGUGCUGGGCGGCGGCUUGUACCAAGAUGAUGAGGAGGAACUGGUGCUGCACGACGAGCUAGAACUCGUGCUGCUCCAAGUCGUGUGGUUCCCACGUGGGUACAAGGCUUUCUCAGCAGCGAGCGUCAGCGGCGCAACGAGCAGCAACAAAAACGAGCGCAUAGUUUGUCCUUGCGAUUCUAACGACUGUGGGUUCCUCAGCACGACGAAGCGAUGACAAGUUUUUCUUUUCCUUGCUUCCGGAGAGGACUACAUGCCGCCUUCUUAUACAUUCGCACUAUCUGUGUCUAGCAAUGUGACGGUGGGCCAGCACAAUCGUGCAGC